UGUCCCGCCUCCUACCGUCACCGGUCACGUGAUUCAACGUCACUUCCGGUCUGCUAGCGGUGGCUCUAAAAAAGUCCCUUGUUUUGUCACUUUACUCGCUUCAAUAAAAACGAGAAGCAUGGAAAUCGGAACGGAGAUCAGCAAGAAAAUACGAGCUGCCAUCAAGGGGAAGCUGCAGGAACUCGGUGCAUACAUCGAUGAAGAGCUUCCUGACUACAUCAUGGUGAUGGUGGCAAACAAGAAGACCUCCCAGCAGAUGGCUGAUGAUCUGUCGCUGUUCCUCGGAAACAACACCAUCAAGUUCACAGCCUGGCUGAACGGCGUCCUGGAGAAAUUGCGAUGUGUCGCAGUAGAGCCCGCAUCCCACGGCCUUGAGAUCCAGUCGGACAGCAGCUCUGUCGCCGGGAGGAGCCGCUCCUCUGUAAGCGAAGACGACAGGACAGAGGAGUUGAAGCUGUUGGCGGUGUCCAGCUCUCACCCCGAUAGGACUGAGGCGCGCGUGUCGAGCUCUGCCCACGAAAGCAGGAGGGGGAACAUGGAAAGGAGUUCUUCUAGACUCACCUCUGCCGUUAGACCCCUCGUAGAGCCACUUCCCUCAGAGGCCAUUAUCGACAUCAAGCCAGAGAUGGACUACGACCUCAUCGCCGAGGACCCGGUAGAAAUGGGCACCAACCACAGUCGGACACGUACAGCUAGUAGACCCACGGCCGAAAUCUACAGACCGGGCCAGAGCAGAUUUACUUCAGAUAGCUCUGCCAACACGUAUCGGCCCACGGAGGGAUCCUCUCACAGCAGGCAGCAGGACAGCAGAAGCAGCAGAACCUCCAGAUCUGGAUCCAGUAAGCAGCAGGAGGAGUUGUCGCGGAAGCGCAAGGCACCGGUGGCAAGUUCAGUGGUGCGAGUGAACAGAGCAGCAGACGAGGACAGUGAUGACGUGGAAGAGGAGGAGUCGAACUACGGAGGAAGAGGCAUGUCCAGCAGAGUGUCCCUGCCCGCCAAACCAGAACGCAAACCCACUCUCCCUCUGGCUAAGCAAGCCAACAGAAAUCUGAUCCUGAAGGCCAUCUCCGAGGCUCAAGACUCCAUCACUAAAACUACAGCAUUCCCCCCACUACCACAGAGACAGACUGUUCCUGUGGCGCCUCGUACUCGCUUGGCCAGCAGUGAGGAGAUGACGGCGGCCAUCCAACUGGUUCAGGAGCACAUGCACAGUCUGGCCCCCAGGGUGCAGGCCUACAACUCUGCAGCACUUCCUCCUGCAAGAGCACCAGCACCAGCGAGAUCUUUAGCGUCACGCCUCCAGUUGGACGCCAUCGAGAGCAAUGAUGCGAGAGAGCAGAGGAACUACGGUGUGGAGGUGGCUGCCGGCAGUGAGUCAAAGACUUUUGACACCCGCUCCUUCAUAGUGAGUCGACCUCAACUGGAACAGACUCAGAACAGAACUCAGCAGCAUCUUCAGGUCAAAGACGAAGUCCGGUCAGCUUUACCACGCACUGUCCAGCCCGGUAAGGAGAAGGGGGACUCUGCCAGCCCCAAGUUCAUAGUGACAUUAGAUGGAAUACCGAGCCCGCUGGGAAACUUUACGGACUGUGACAUGGAGCUGGACGAUGUGAGGCCUCCCAAAAAGGUCACGGACGUCAACAGGGAGCCCAAAGUCAGCAUCCUUCAUAGACUACAGGGAGUGUUUACUUCAUCAGAGGACGAUUUGAUGGAAGUUGAGAUGGUGGACAUGGACGCCGUCCCCUCAAAGAAACAGAAAGUCACCGAGCGCUGCAGGUUCUGGCCGGCCUGUAAAAGUGGAGAUGAGUGUUUGUACCAUCACCCUACAGCACAGUGCAAGACUUUUCCCAACUGCAGGUUUGGGGAUAAAUGCCUUUUUAUCCACCCUAAUUGUAAAUAUGACGCCAGGUGCACUAAGCCGGACUGUCCCUUCACUCAUGUGAGCCGCAGAGGCACAGCUGCUCCUCCGCCCAAGCCAGCAGUGCAGCCAGUGCAGACUGCGAGCGUGUGUCGCUUCUUCCCAGAGUGCAAGAAGAUGGACUGCCCGUUUUUUCACCCCAAGCCUUGUCGCUUUGCGGCAAAGUGUAAACGAGUCGGAUGUACCUUCUACCACCCAACCACGUCCGUGCCUCCGAGACACGCUCUGAAGUGGACAAAAGCACAGAGCAGGUGCACAGCUGGUGACAGUGCCACAUACUAAUUAAAUCCAGAAGGCUGAUGAUGAUGUGAAGCUAGGAAAAAUGUCCUGGAUCUGAGUCGAUGAAUUUUCGUCCUUGGAUUUAACUGUUGUUUCAUUUCAUUUUAUUCUAUUGUUUGAAUGUAUUUGUCAGAAAAAAAGUGUUUUGUAAAACGAACCCUCAGGUUUUUGAUGAUGAUCUAAAAACAUUAAAAUGCUCCACAAUCUCA